CGGAAGGCCGCCGGAUCCAGUUCGACCGCCGCCGCCGCCGCUCACGUUCCCUUCCGAGCCUCGGUGUGCCGUUCGUAGGAUUGCUUGCUGGAUCUUCGGGGAGCAGUGACCAGCGCCUCCUAAGCUCGCCCGAUCUGUUCUCCAAGUUGUUCAGAUGGACUUGCCUGGGCCUUCCCGGCAACAGUGUAGGCAGUUACUACGAUGCAGAAGAGAAAGUGGCUGAAUCAGUGCUUGAGUACUACCAGAGCAACAGAAAGAUUGAGAUCAAUGACUUCAAUCAAAAUGUGUUGAAAAAGAAACAGUAUGAACUCGAUAUCAGUAACUUUUUCUGCCAGGCAUUUGAGGACAAGAUAAAUGAGAUGAGAGCCUAUCCUGGAACCUACAACAAGAUGAGCACUGAGCAAUUCUACUCUGAGGCUUUUCAGGACAACAUGACUGAUCUUAUCAAGGAGCGCACCACAGAAACUAAUCAAUGCAAGGCAGUUCAUCGCUGCAUCACAAAUGUUUGUCGCUCAUUUUCUGAUAUCCUUCCAAUCAAAGAAACGCUGCUUCCUGAAGGCAGCACUGAUAGUGACAGUACUCAGCUCACCUUCACAGGAGAAAAAGACAAUCCUUCUCGUGUUGAUCAGCUUGCUCUUCUCCUCCUAGACAUCCUCCGUGAUGGCCACAUUCAUGCGGCCAAGCAUGGCCGUUCCAUGCACGAGAUCGCUCCGGACACCAUUACCACUGUAUAAUACCGCCCAUCAUUGGCGCAGCCUCAAACUAGCCUGAUGCAUACUUUUGCGUGUUAUAGCUGAUAACACGGACUGUCUCACCACACUGCAUCCUUUUGACCACAACGUGCUUUUGUUUUAGAUAUGCUGUGACUCAGCAAGGCCUAUUGCAGCUGAUCUGGAAUCAUGCUCAUACAGGGCCAGCUUCUUUUGUGUUCUGCAUUCUCGGCACUUAAUCCUCAGCCCAGGCCAUGCAAGGUUGAGGAGCAGAUCGAUGAUUUCUCCGAUACAAACAGCAACCAGGCUACUAAUCGGCACAUCUCGCCCUGUGCGACGUUGCUUAAACUCUUAGCUCAUAGAUUAUGGCAUGGUUGUUCAUCUGUAUCAAGAGUGAUCAUAUAUGGCGCCUGUAGUAACAUGCUAUCUGCUAUGAAUGAACAUCUCAUGAAACUCUUAAGAGUUCUUUUA